UCUUGCGUGUAGACUCGCGAAUCUUUCAUUGUAUGUACAAUUUUGCUCCACUAGUCACUGAAUUUUUUUUGAAUAGGUAGUAAGUAUUUCCAAGAAAUACAAAAACUCAUCACAGCCAGUAUCGUAUCCAUCAAGUGGAAGCACUCGAGAGUGGCGCUGUAUAGCUUUUUAACGAAGGAGAAGCAAGCAGGCAGGACGCCAUUCACAAAUACAACUCUUGAGAGGACUCUCCUUCGUCGCCGCAUUAAUUAAAAAAAAACGCUAAUAACAAAACAAAUGGAAGUGCUAAUUGUCGUGCUGUGAAAUCUUAUUUCCACAAAAACGACACUUAUCAUCGUGACAAUCUUCCUAACUAAAUUACAAGACAGAUUAGCAAGCAUUUUAUAAGAGCAAUCACAAUGGAGAACGGUGGUGAUGGGGGCUCCAAAAAGAAGACCAUCGAGGGUAUGUAUCAGAAGAAGACCCAACUUGAGCAUAUUUUGCUCAGACCUGAUACAUACAUUGGCUCAGUGGAGCCAGUUCAAGAGAACAUGUGGAUUUAUGAUAAGGAAAAAGAAAUGAUGAUUCAGAAAGAGAUUAAGUAUGUACCUGGUCUCUAUAAAAUCUUUGAUGAAAUCCUUGUGAAUGCAGCUGACAACAAACAGAGAGAUCCCAAAAUGGAUACUAUCAAAGUUGAUAUUGAUAUUGAAAAUAAUACAAUUGCUGUUUACAACAAUGGAAAGGGCAUUCCAGUUGUUGUUCACAAAGAAGAAAAAAUGUAUGUGCCAACUAUGAUCUUUGGUCAUCUACUGACAUCAUCUAAUUAUGAUGAUGCUGAGGAAAAAGUGACUGGUGGUAGAAAUGGUUACGGUGCUAAAUUGUGUAAUAUCUUCAGCCACCGCUUCACUGUUGAGACUGCUUGUAAGGAGUAUAAGAAAAGUUUGAAACAGACUUGGGGUGAUAACAUGGGUAAAGCUAGUGAGCCUAGAAUUAAAGAAUUUCAUGGUGAAGACUUUACAAGGGUCACAUUUUCACCUGAUUUAUCAAAAUUCAAAAUGGACAAACUUGAUGAGGACAUUGUAGGUCUAAUGAGUAGGAGAGCUUAUGACGUGGCUGCCUCUACAAGAAAAGUUAAUGUGUAUUUAAAUGGUACAAAGAUACCAAUUAAAAGCUUUAAAGAUUACGUAGAUCUAUACAUCAAGGGCAAAGAAGAUGAUACAGGUAAUCCUUUGAAAGUGCAAUAUGAAAGGUGCAGUGAUAGAUGGGAAGUUGCAGUAACUUUAUCAGAUAAGGGAUUCCAGCAAAUGUCAUUUGUCAACAGUAUCGCUACUACAAAGGGAGGAAGACAUGUUGAUCAUGUUACAGAUAUCAUAGUCAAACAACUCACGGAUACUUUAAAGAAAAAGAACAAGGCUGGAGUUCAAAUUAAACCUUUCCAAAUCAAGAAUCAUCUGUGGGUUUUUAUUAACUGUUUAAUUAAUAAUCCAACCUUUGAUUCUCAAACAAAGGAAAACAUGACCCUGCAACAAAAAAAUUUUGGUUCCAAAUGUACUCUCAGCGAAAAAUUCAUCACCAAUGUCACAAAAAGUGGAAUUGUUGAAUCUGUUCUAUCAUGGGCAAAAUUUAAAGCAGACAGCCAGCUUCAAAAGCUGGGUCCAAAAUCAAAACAAAGAAAAAUUCAAGGAAUACCAAAAUUGGAAGAUGCUAAUGAUGCUGGUACAGUUAAGUCAUUAAAUUGUACAUUGAUUUUAACUGAGGGAGAUUCAGCCAAAAGCAUGGCUGUAUCUGGUAUGGCUUCUAUUGGCCGUGACAGAUAUGGAGUUUUUCCCCUCAAAGGUAAAAUCCUAAACGUAAGAGAAGCCACACACAAGCAAAUUUUGGAAAACUCUGAAAUCAACAAUCUAAUUAAGAUUCUUGGAUUGCAAUAUAAAAAAAAGUACGAGACUAUAGAUGACAUGAAGACCUUGCGUUAUGGAAAGAUCAUGAUUAUGACUGAUCAGGAUCAGGACGGUUCUCAUAUCAAAGGCUUAUUAAUUAACUUUAUCCAUCAUAAUUGGCCUUCACUUUUGAAGAUGAACUUCAUCGAAGAAUUCAUUACACCGAUAGUAAAAGCAAAGAAAGGGAAUCAUGAGCUGUCAUUCUUUUCAUUACCUGAGUUUGAGGCGUGGAAAAAAGAGACAGAAAAUUAUCACACGUAUAAUAUCAAAUACUACAAAGGUUUGGGUACGUCCACUGCUAAAGAAGCAAAAGAGUACUUUGAUAAGAUGGAUCGUCAUCGAAUUCGCUUCAGAUAUGAUGGAGAGCAGGAUGACCAAAACAUCAUCAUGGCCUUUAGUAAGAAAUGUGUAGAUCAACGUAAAGCUUGGCUGACCAACCACAUGGAGGAUACAAAGCGUCGUAAGGAAAACGACCUCGGCGAGCGUUAUCUCUAUGAGAAAGAUACUCGAGCCAUCUCUUUCUCGGACUUUAUCAACCUGGAGUUAGUUUUGUUCAGUAACUACGACAAUAUUCGAUCGAUUCCCAGUAUGAUAGAUGGCUUAAAACCUGGUCAAAGAAAAGUAUUGUUCACGUGCUUCAAAAGAAAUGACAAACGAGAAGUGAAGGUCGCACAAUUGGGUGCAUCAGUCGCAGAACACUCGGCUUACCAUCACGGUGAAACGUCAAUAAUGGCGAUGAUCGUCAACUUGGCUCAGAACUUUGUAGGCAGCAAUAACAUUAAUCUACUGCAACCCAUCGGUCAAUUCGGUACACGGUUAAAUGGUGGUAAAGAUGCAGCUAGUGCUCGUUAUAUUUUUACGAUGCUCAGUCCUCUAGCAAGAAUGAUUUUCCAUAAACAUGAUGACCCUUUACUCAAACACGAGUAUGAUGAUAAUCAAAAGAUCGAACCUACAUACUAUGUACCGAUUAUUCCCAUGGUUCUUGUUAAUGGAGCCGAUGGUAUUGGCACUGGUUGGAUGACCAAGAUUCCUAACUAUGAUCCUAGAGAAAUCAUUGCGAAUUUACAAAGGAUGAUGGAUGGCGCUGAUCCAAAGGCUAUGAACCCAUACUACAAAAACUUCAAAGGUACAGUAGAUAGUUGCGGAGAGUACCGAUAUGUCAUCAGUGGUGAAGUGUCAAUCAUUGGCCCAGACAAGAUUGAGAUCACCGAAUUACCAAUCGGCAUGUGGACACAGGUCUACAAGGAAACAGUAUUGGAGCCUAUGUUACACGGUUCAGAGAAAACUCCAGCUCUGAUCACCGAUUACAAAGAGUACAACACCGAUACGCAAAUUCGCUUUGUCGUCACACUGCAACGGGACAAAUUGAUCGAACUCGAAAGGGACGGCCUACACAAAGCUUUCAAGUUGCAAACUACGAUGUCAAUCACGUCAAUGUGCGCAUUUGACGAUGCCCUUUGCCUCAAGAAGUUCGACAAUGUCACUCAAAUUAUGAAGACCUUCUUCAAGGUGCGUCUUGACCUCUACCAAAAACGUAAAGAUUACCUUGAGGGUAUUUUACAAGCAGAAGCUAUAAAAUUAUCCGAUCAAGCCAGAUUCAUUAUAGAAAAGUGCGAUGGUACUCUUACUGUCGAGAACAAAAAAAAGAAAGACUUGAUCGCGGAACUCGUAAGGCGAGGCUAUAAUUCUGAUCCUGUCGUUGCUUGGAAGCUCACGCAGAAUCGCGAGGAAGUUUUAGAAGAAGUUGCUGAGAACGCCGAGGAUGAGUCGAGCGCUGCAACUUCGGUGAUUGAAAGAGAAAACUAUGACUAUUUGUUAGGUAUGACAAUGUGGAGUCUUACAAAAGAAAAAAAAGAUAACUUGUUGAAACAGCGGGAUGAGAAAAAUGCAGAAUUACGUAGAUUACAAGCGCGAACUCCCUUGUCUCUGUGGAAAGAAGAUCUUGAUAACCUUCUGAAAGAACUCGACAGGGUUGAAGAGAAAGAAAGAAAUGAUGAAGCCAAGUCCCAAACCAAGGUUAAAAAACCACCACCAAAGCUCUACAAAAGUGAGGAUUCACGUAAGGUUACUCCUAUCAUCGAUAACGAGCUUAAGAAAAAGAUCGAGAAGGCCGAUAUUGUUGUGAAAGAUAAGAAAGAAGGUAUCAAGAAGGAGCGUAAGAUCAAAAAAGAAAAAAUUGAAGAAAAGGAUGAGUUCGAUGCUUUGAUUGAGGGUAAUGCUAAACCAUUAGAUGACAGGUUAGGCUUGUCUCCAGAGAAGUUGGAAAAGAAAGGCAAGAAAGGAAUGAAGCAGUCUAAGCUACCUUUCAAGCCUAUUAAGAAGGGUAAAAAAGCAAAGGGAUUUGACAGCGAAUCUGAUGAAGGUAGCGAUAUGGAUAUAAACUUUGAGUCACUAUCACCACCACCUGCACCUCGUGCUCCACGUAGAGCCGCCGCAGCUGCUAAAAAGUACAAAGUUGAUAGCGACGAGUCUGAUAGUAGUGAAGUUGAGCUCCACAGUCUUGGCUCAGAUGGUGAAAAGCCUACAACGAAAGUAGUUGCUACUAUUGAUAGUGAUUCAGAUGAUGAUUUCAAAGUCAAGAAAGAGUCGCCGCAACAGAAACCAAGUUCCGAAGAACUCUUCGAUUCACUGAUUAACAGCUCGCCAGAGAAGCCAGCUGAAAAACCGAAAUCUCGUCCUCUUGCAAUUUCAUCCGAAUCAGAAACGUCACCUGUAAAACCUCCACCUAAAAAAACUGCUGCUAAGAAAAAAGCUGAAAAUGGCGAGGGUAAACCGGCACCUAAAAGGGCACCUAAGAAGAAAGCUGCUAAAUCUUCGGAGUCGGAGUCUGAAGAUAUGUUCUCACCUAAGACAACUCCCAUAAAAAAGAAGUCAAAAAAGAAGAAGAUGGAUGAUUCUGACGACAACGAUGUGGAGAUGAUGGAAUCGCCGCCGCCACCGCCACGAGUUGGUGGUGGACGCUCACGCAAGCCUGUCUCGUACGCUAUCAAAUCCGACGAUUCCGACUCUGAUUAAACGUUUUCAACUUGUCAGUCGAACUAAUGUCACAUUGUCGUAGAUGAAUAACGUUAUGACAGCGAUCGAUCUGGUAUAAUGAUACUCAGCUGUGUGUGCCAGACUUACUCGUAACUUUCUAUGAUAGUUCUUGUACAUAAUGUAUUUGUAAAUAAUGGUAGAGAACCAAAUUGUGCACUUUUUUGCCGAUGCAUCAGCAAUUUUAUUAUUUUUUCUGUGGUUGUAUUUGAAAGUGAGCAGUUUGAUUCUUUACAAUUUAAUAUCGAUGAUUGUAAGAUGUUUUACGUCUCUAUUUGCACUAAUUAUAAUAACGAGUGUCACUGUCAAGUAUGAUUAUAGGCACUAAAUUUCGAUGCCCAGUGGCAAAUUAAUAUGAUGGAUUUCACACAUGCGUUUUUGACGAUUUUUUUGUAUAAAAUGAUCGUGAAAUUACUGUGAAAUAACUUUGUUAUAAUAUUAGUAAUUUUUUUACUUUCUAUGAAUUUAUUUUUGUCAAUUCGAUUCUUGAUAAAUUCUGGAUCUAGAUUAUAUUUAAAGUGAGAUAAAAUACAAUCGAACAAUCAUAACUAACAUUUUUAUUUGUUAAUAUUCAUCAGGAAAUACAAAGAAAUUUUAGAUAGGGAUAGGAUUUGCAAGAUUAUACUAACUGCAACAAAGUAACAUAAUUAUAUACUAUUCUUAGGGUUUCACUAUUAUUUAUAUGCGAAGUUUAGUUCACAUUAGUAGUUAAUUUUUUUGUAUGUAUUUACUUAAUUAACUUUAUGACGACAUUCA